UGUAGAAACACGGGAGAGCUUAAAAAAACUUAGUAUCAGUCUGAAGCGCGUUUAGUGACCUUCCUCGAUAUUAAUCUAGUAGAGAGAGUAAAGACUACAAAUUGGACAAGAUAUAAAGAGCAUGAAAGACUUUCUGAGAGWGAAAAAGCAAGAAUAACAAACACCAUUGCGGUAAUGGAUUACCUGUGCAUUCGAGUACAGAGYGUACAUGAAAAGKACCACCAAAAAACACCAACAUCAGAACCAAAACWACACUAGAUGCCAUUUCUCUGAGCAAACAAGUCAAGGUUGGACACAAGGAGGAUUACUUAGGAAUCAGUCUCGCGAGUUUUGAUUGAUAGACAGACGAAGACAGACAGACAAAACAGAUUAGGGACUGAUAAUCUGAGCCUGCGGGGACCAUUGACCGCUGAAAAUGGUUGACAAGUCACUGCAAACAUCGAAAAAUGAUUAGUUCAAUAAUGUAAACGUAAUUGUCGAUGAGAAGAGGUACUGCUACUGACCUGGAGUUUACUAAUACGCAAACAACAAGAAAUAAUGUUUUUGUCUGCAACAGUCGGCCUUACUUCAAGCAAAUCAUGUUUUGCUUCAUUGUCAAACGAUUUGAUUCAGCGAUUACCAGUCUUUGCCAAGAGAACAGGAAAUGUGAUGGUGUUCCAGAUAGAUUGGGAUGGAGGUAAGGCAUACUUAAGUUGGUCAGGAGGAAUGGCUUUAACCAGAUCUGAUGGCUUUGCUCAAGCACAAGGACCAAUGCUAGAACUUGGAAAAAAGUUUGCUGAUCUGAAUGGGAUUAAGAUGGGACAACAGGUUGUGGUCACACCUCUGGAAAACAUCCCAUCAUGCACUACAGUCCAUGUGGAUCCAUUGUCUGCUAAUGACUGGGAAAUUAUGGAAUUGCAUGCAGGUUUUAUUGAGGCCAACCUUUUAAACCAAGUAAGAGUUGUUUGGAGUAAUCAAGUGGUAGCUGUUUGGAUCAAUAAAAGUACAUCUAUUGUAAUUAAAAUUGGAAAACAUGAACCUGAUACUCCAUGUGUUAUGUUAGAGGAAUUCACUGAAGUGAUUGUUGCACCAAAACAAAGACAAACUGAGUCAUCAAAUCAACAAUUGUCAACAACAAUACAGCAUGGAUGCAAUCAAAAUGAAGUAUGCCAAGGAAGUCAACAAACCAGAAUGCUUGAUGGCAAUUUCAGCACAAGUUUAACUAGUAUAUGGAACUAUUUUUUCUCUAGAGAAGGAAUUGCAGUCCAUGAUAAUUGUGAAUUUUCAUCAGAAUCCAGAGAUAACAUUGAUAAUAACUCAAGUGACACAAAUGGUUUACAACAAUUAUUUUGUUGCAAGUCUAUAUUUGCAGAAAAGGCAAUUGAUCUGUGUUUACGAAGCCAAUCAGYGUUUCAUCCUUUGGACUUAAACAAGAAACUAGAAUUGUAUGCUCAGCAGUUUUCAUGUGUAUUUGUUAGUCCCAAUUCUCUUGGUUUGAGGUUUUUACAAUGCUGUAGACAUCAUAAGAACCACUGUAUUGAUGACRUUGAUGGUUGGUGUAAGACAGUAACUAUAAGAAAACUACUCUCUCCCAAAGAAAAAUAUGAACUAAUAAAUACAGAAAAGAGAAAGAACAGUAAGGAAGCAGAGUCAGUUCAAGAGAGCUCCAAAAAAGAGAUAAUUCUAAAACCAGUCACAGUCAGGAUGAUACUCUGUAAAAAUGUAUUACCUGGUAGUAUUAUUCUUCAUAAACAAUUACAAAAACAGCUUGGUUCAGGAGGUAUUUCAUGGUUCAGAAUUACUUACAGUAAAUGUAGACCACAGACAAUUCAAGGACUUAUAUUGCAUCCUCUUGCAGAUGGGGAAAAGUCUGGUGAAAGCAGUUSUAAAGUCAUUGUAGAUUCCUUCACAAAAUGGGUUGCCAUGAUAACCAGUGAGGAGUGUCCUUUCCAAAUAUGGAAUGGCAUGACAGUUUCAUUUGAUUGCAAUGGAAUAAUGCUAGAGUUUAUUCUUACUGUCUUGAGCCAAGUUGAACAUAAAAGUGAUGACAAUAACCCUCCUUACUAUUUACUAACACCAAGUGUAUUACAAGAUCUAACUGUAGUGGUUGGUGAACAGAAAUCAUUGCCUAAGCUAACUGCAUUGCUUUGGCAGGCACAAAUUGACAAUGCUGUACAAAUAAGCUGUGGCAUUAAUGACCUUGGAGGAUUUUCACAACCAUAUGACAAGUGUUUAAAGCAUUUGRUGGUUUGUYUAGAGAAAUGUCURCUAUCUUCACAUGUCAGUGGUGGACUGACUAAAGGACUUUCUAAUGGUGCAGUUCUUAUAUGUGGAAGUGGACGCCAUGCUGGGGAAGGAUGUGGCAAGACUUCUCUUGGUCUUGCUAUUUGCAAUAAACUGAACCAAUUGCCAAUAGGUGCCCAUGUGGUAUAUAUUGACUGUAUUCCUUUAAGAGGAAAACGAGUUGAGACUGUGCAAAGACAUUGGCAACAGGCAUUUCUAGAGGCAACUUGGUAUCAACCAUCUGUGAUUUUAUUGGAUAAUCUUGAUCAUGUGAUAUCUGCUCCCAGUCUUGCUCAGGAGAUGGGUGGGGAGGGCCUUUACAGACUGCGGCUUGUACAAGUUUUCAAGGAUCUUAUAACUUCAGAGAUUGUCAAUCAGAGCAAGAUUGCUGUCAUGGCAACAAGCAGGUCUCGUGACUGCCUCCAUGGGGCUUUGCAGUCUAGUCAUGGUGUGCACAUGUUUCAUUGUUGUGUAGAGCUUGGUUCCUUGAAUGAACAUCAAAGAUGUGAAGUACUUAUGAAGUUGAUAGAGAAAAGUAUUCCUGAUACCAAUUAUAAUGAACUAGAGAUAUUAAUGAAAUCAGUUGCAAGAAAAUGCGAAGGAUUUUCACCAAAAGAUUUGAAUGCAAUUGUUAAAAGAGCUUUACAUUUUGCUCUCAUAAGAAAUGCUCAUGAACAUCAGCAAGUGAGCCUGGUGUUAGAUGAUCUGAACCAAGCUUUAGCUGGAUAUAGACCUGCAUCAUUGCGAGGUGUACAACUACACAAGCCAGGUCACCAUACUUGGUUAGAUGUUGGAGGACUGCAUGAAGUUAAAAAAGCACUUGAAGAAACCUUACUUUGGCCAUCUAAAUACACAGGUUUAUUCAGUAAGUGUCCACUUCGUAUUCGUUCGGGUUUAUUGAUGUAUGGACCACCUGGUACUGGAAAGACAUUAUUGGCUGGUGUAAUAGCCAAUGAGAGUGGAUUAAACUUCAUUAGCAUCAAGGGACCUGAAUUAUUGAGUAAAUACAUUGGAGCCAGUGAACAAGCAGUGAGAGAUGUAUUUUCAAGAGCCCAGACUGCAAGACCUUGUAUAUUAUUCUUUGAUGAAUUUGAUGCUUUGGCUCCCCGACGUGGGCAUGACAGCACAGGUGUUACAGACAGAGUUGUCAAUCAGUUACUGACUCAACUAGAUGGUGUUGAAGGACUUGAGGGGGUGUUCCUUUUAGCUGCAACAAGUCGUCCAGGACUGAUUGACCCAGCAUUGUUAAGACCAGGAAGACUGGACAAAUGUGUUUACUGCCCUAUUCCAAACGAGUCUGAAAGACUUGAGAUACUCAAGGCACUGACACGUAGCAUUUCCCUUGAGGAAGAUGUGCACUUGAAAAUAAUAGCAGAAAGAUGUCAAGACUUUACAGGGGCUGAUAUAAAGGCUUUACUCUAUAAUGCUCAGCUUGAGUGCAUCCAUAGGAAAACAAGCAAACUAAAGCUGUAUGGAAGUAUCUAUGAUGGUGUACAUGUAGAAGAAGAUACAAAGCAAGUCAAUGAAGUGAAAACAGCUGUUAUCACUAUUUGUCAAGCAGACCUUGAAAAAGCAGUGUCAAUGAUGAAACCAUCAGUUUCUCCCAAUGAAAGACUAAUGUACGAAAGCAUGUUUGAUUCUUUCAUGAGAUCAAGAGGAAAUAGUUUUACAAGGAAUACACCUAUCAAAGGCAAAGCAACAUUAGCCUAAGCACACUUGAACUAAGAACACGAGACAAGACAAGUCAUUGAUCACUUACACCUGAUUUUGGGGAGCCAGACAAAUAUGACAUCAUUCUUCUGCUUAAGCCUGGUUUGAAAAUUCUAGUUAAAUUAAAAUAAAUUAAAUUCUAAAAAUUCUAGUUCAA